AUGAACGACAGGUGCGAAGGAACAAUCGGUGGGCCAGAAGGGGGAACGAACGAAGAUGACUGGAGGGAAGCACGAAGGCUUUGCAGGUGGCAUGAGGUUUCAGUGAUCGAUCACGAGAAGGAUCGCCUUCUCCGAGGUUCGACGAGACCGAAGGGUAAAAGCCUCGAAGCUACCGUGGUCUCUGUGGGUGCAGCGAGGAGCUGCUCAAGCAGCUUCUCAGUUGCUUGCUUCAGUCCCAAUAGCUGGUUGCGUAGGAAAUACGAGGAAGAGGUACGAGCGGCAAGAGUCGGUUCGAUUGGAGAGACAGCAACCCCGGGAGGGUGUUUGGCGGCAAUUUUUCGACAGGGGGAAAAGAGGAAGGGCGAUGAGGAAGGUAUGAAAAAGAAUGAUGGUGAUGAGGCUCUUUUGCUGCUUGAGAUCAAAAGGAAGAAGAAGAAACGAGGCUGCGAUCGUUACAAAGAUAGAGAAGGGCAACAACCAUCUUCUUUGGCUGAAGAUCCAGAAACGGGAAAGAAAUGGACAAGUUGGAACUCUAUAAGGAUCUUCGUUGAUGUCAAUCCCUCCGAUACGCGCAUCGGGAGAUUGAUUGCUGGUGGUCUCGAAAGUUUUGCUUCGUUUGGACAUCACUGUGUAAUCGUCGGGAGUUUUUAA